UUGGCUCUCUGAUUGGUUGUUAUCUUUCGGUUACUUGAAAGAAAUUAUAUCCUAACGAUCUAAACGGCGUUUCAUACGUGUGAAUUAUCUCAAUCUCGAGCAAUGUCGCGGAGACUGCGCUUGAAGCGUUUGCAAGUACAGUAUUUUCGGUUGACGCGUCGCGUCAUGCAGUGCUGUAGAUCAUACAUGGUGUAGAUGAUGUUUCGGUCUCUAGUGGGCGCACACUCACACAGAUACUGUUUGAGAGAGGAGGGAGGGUGUGAGAAAGAGAAAGAAGUGAAGCCAGUGAGCUCAACACAGCCAGCAUGGCGAGCCAAAGGGACUUCACGCACAGAAAAACAUGGAUUAAUGUCCUUCUGCGACUUCUACAGCUCUUAUUGCCCUAUAUUCAACACGGAGGAGCUCAGUUUCAAGUUCUGACUCAGAUGUCCAGCGUGGUUGAAGUUUGGCAAGCAGAGGACGCAGACUUCUUCAUGCCGUCGCAGGCAGAGGAGCAGCACAGUAAUGAAAAUGUGCCUCGAGAGGAGAGCUCCACAUUUUACAUACAGGAGAGGGGGAGACAGCUCCUGUUUCAGCCGCCCUCACUGGAGUUUGGAACACAGCCUGUGGGGCUGCCAAGAGCUGAAACGGUAUACAUUUACAAUCCCAGCCAGGAGCUCCCUGUCUCUCUGCUCUCUGUGUUUACAUCCAGCAGACAUUUUCACAUGCCUGCCUUCCACAGAAGGGUAAUUCCACCCAGAGGGAGAACAUCUUUUCAAAUCGUUUUCCUCCCCACAGUGGAGGGCAAUGAAGAAAUCUCAUUAUUUAUUAACACAUCAACCCAUGGGGUGAUAUCAUACCAGGUUUUUGGGGUUGGAGUCCAUGAUGGAUCUGUCAAGGACAUCCACAAAAAAGAUAGCAUUCUAAUAUUUCCUCACAUACAAAGCAUUAAGCUAACACAAACUCAGGAAGAUGCUUAUAAUAUAACCAUUUUUGGUCUGCUGCUUGACUGCAGUUUACCAAACAUUUUCUACAAUCAGCCCCAGGGUUGGUGCUUAGAAUCUGAGGAGGGCAGAAUCGCACUUCAGAUCAGUCUAUCUGAGAAAGGGGAAAUGCCUUCACACCUUGAUAAACUCAAACCGUACGUGUUGGAGAAUAUUUUGGUGCUGCUGGUCCUCCCGCCACCAGGAGAUGCUGUUUCAGAUCCCAGAAUAGGAGUGUACAUGUUGAACUCAGGGGUCAAAAAGCUCUUUGUUAAGGAAAUCCAGCUCCUGUCCAGAACAGACAGCAGUGUAGCACUAAAUGAGAAGCUGCUCCAGCCAUCCGCUGCUAACUUCACACAAGUGGCCUCGCUCUUCUGUAGAAGGUCUUUGUCAGCUAAAAAUAAAAGGUGUUCCGGUCACUACAGCCUGAAGAAAUUAGCAGACAGAACAGUGAAUGUGUAUCCACUGUUGGAUGUCACACGCAGAUGGCGGGACUAUGAGCUGAGCCUUUUGGUUCAGGUCAGACAGAAGCAGAGAGGUUCAGAGUAUGUGGAGCUGUGGCUGUCCAACCCUCUUCCCGUCACCUUCAGAAUCACUAACAUCUCCCUCUCCCAGCACAAGCACAAACUCUUCAAGAUUGUAAACUUGACAGAGUUCUUGGACAUAAGGUCUGGUUGCUGGAAGCUUCUGUCACUUCAGCUGCUCAACAAAUCUUUACCCAUCAACCUCAGGACCACAGUUACCCUGACAACAAGUGUGGGGCUCCCACUGGAGCUUCACCUCCAGACGCUCCCGGCUGCUGCAAAGCAGGGAGAUAUUAUCUUUGAAUCAAACCAGGAGUGUGAGCGGAUCUGUCCUCUACGCAUGUCCAGAGCAGGACGUUCAGAGUGGCAGCAAUCUCUUCUCCCAGAAUCCUCCUCUUCUCUCUGGCGGGUGGACAAUAGCCUGGCCUCUGCACUGUGUAGCCGGUGGCACUGUAGCAAAGAGCUCUCCUGCAGAUGGCCCAGAUUCCCUGCAGACCACACUUCACCUCUAGAUUUUGAGGCCACACCUGUCAAUGAUAGUAAGGUUAAGAAUUUCACUCUGAAAAACCCAACGGGUUCAGUGGUGUCUGUGGAGAUUAGAACCCUCUCUUCAUAUCCUGCUCCAAUUGAAGCUCUCGACAUGUUAACCAAAUGGUUUAAUAUUAGCCCACUGGCUGUAAAUAUCACUACAGCAGAAUUUUCUCUGUUGGCUGGUAACCAUAAGGAGAGUGAGAGAGGCAGCGUGCUGAGGUUCCUCCUUCAACCGUGGGAGUCGAGAACCGUUUCAGUGGCAUUUCGACCCACAGAACACAAAGCAGUUACCUCACUGCUUCUGAUCAGGAACAACCUGACCGUGUUUGACAUGGUUCUGGUUAAAGGGUUUGGAGCCAAAGAGCUCCUUAGGGUGGGAGGGAAACUCCCCGGGCCUACAGCGUCACUGCGCUUUAAUGUGCCCCAGUCUACCCUCAUGGAGUGCAGAGAUGGUUUGCGGUCGAGUAGGCCCUUGUUUGCCAUCCAGAAGAGUUUUAAAGUGGAGAACGCAGGCGAGUUGCCAUUGACUGUAGUAUCAAUGAACAUUAAUGGUUAUAUAUGUCAGGGCUAUGGCUUUGAGGUCCAGCACUGCAGAUCCUUCAGACUGGAUUACAACUCGUCAUCAGAAAUCACUAUUAUAUUUACUCCAGAUUUCACAUCUUCAUGGGUGAUCAGAGAUCUGACUCUGGUAACAGAACGUGGCUCCUCCUUUCACUUCACGCUCAAUGUGACACUGCCUCACCAUAUGCUGCCUCUGUGUGCACAAGUGGUACCGGGUCCCAGCUGGGAGGAGUCCUUCUGGGUCAUCACAUUGGCCUUUACUUGUUCUUCUUUAGCCGGUGUGUGUCUGCUGGCUUUUCAUCAAGCUCAGCACAUUUUGAGCGACUUCUCGACACCCAGUUUCCGUACCAAUCACAACUCUGUACCUCGUGAAAAUAUUAGCAUAAACCACAGCUCCUCAAACGGUGUCAGUAGAGGAAAAGGCAGUUGUAAGAACUACAACGACACAAACCACCCCUCUGACAAAGGCAAAGGGCGGGGCUCUCCAGCUGUGGCCAAUGGAACGAUUCGGUCGCAGUCCUCAUCCAAGAAAAAUUCUGGGGGAUCGUCUCAGCCUCUGAAAAAGCAAACUAAAGUGUCAUUUCUCUACGGUAGAUACAAAAGCAGUCCUGCUACCCCAUGUGCUCCUGCUACAUUUUGCAAUCCUUCCACCGAUAGAGAGUUGGAUCCGGAGGUUUAUAAUAACAACAGUGACAUAUUAGAUGCAGUCCUGCUUCCUCCCGACAAGAAAGAGCACUUUACAGAAUCUAGGGAGGAGGAUGCAUUGCCAGCUGAUAUGUUUCCCAUGGAAACGCUUUCUGGAUUACCUGAAAAUGUACCAAACAAAGUCCCUCAGCCUAUAGCUGAAAUCAUACAGAAUGAGGACUGCAACAGAAAAAACAUUGGAAGAAGGGAAAAUGCAGAAGAAGAGAAAACAGAGAGAGACAGCAGUCAGAAAAAACAACCAGAGAAAGAUGCAGAACUUGGAGUGUCUGCCACAAAUACCAAAGUAAAGAAAAACACGGGCAGGAGUCGUAGGAAGGCUGCUGAACUUGUGCCUGAACUUCCGGAAAACAGCAUUGACAUGGUUACAGAGAGUGAGAGAGAACCUCCACGUAAUGUAGCUAGAAACCGUAUCCCAAAACCUGAACUACUCAAAACCGGACCCAAUCCAGACAGCCCUCCAAAACACAGUGGUACAUGUUUAGCCAGAGCCAGACGUAAGUGUCCAGAGCGACGCCUGCAAUGGGAGUCUGGCUCUGAUUCAAGCAGUUCAUCGGGCAGUGUGAGAGCUAGCCGAGGGUCCUGGGGCAGCUGGAGCAGUGCCAGCAGCAUAGAGGGAGAGAAGGAUCCAAAUAGACAUACUGGCAGGAAACGAGACAACAUCCAGUACAACCCAUAUCCAACAGACCGUGAAUGUUACCGCAAUAUGAAUUAUACCUUCAAAACUCAAAGCAUGAACAAUCUAUAUGUCAGGGAAACGUGCCAAAGCCCAGAGGUCUGUCCUGCCCCCUCACUUACCCAAAGCUUUGCUGAUGUAGCCGCCGGUGUGGACAAGAACAAUGACAUUGUGAGCUCUAAUGUAAUAGAAGAAACAUGGUCUGCCCCCUCAGUUCCUCUGACCAAUCAAUUUCGAUACCCAUUUGUCCCUGGAUAUAAUAGCUUUCCUUGGAACAACAUGAACAGCCAGUAUCCCUAUAGUGAUCAGACAAACUACAUGCCACCUGGUAACGGCAACUGCCAAAACGCAUUCUUGUGCCAUGAAAGCCAAACUAUGACACACAGCCACCAACCUGUCUGGGGUGAUAAUGGACCGCAUGACAUAAACUCCACUUGGGAAACUGGCAGCAAGACAUACUUCCCAGGAACCAGAAGUCUCUCACCCAUGUCCAGUCUAUUUGGCUCUAUCUGGACACCUCAGAGUGAACCUUACCAAAGCCACUUCCACCAAGAACGUUCAGCACCUGUCUCACCCCACUCACCAGUGUCACCCAUUACACCCUUCAGCCGUGAGCCAGGCGGCGCCUGUCCAGGGAAGCAGUUCUCCAGCUUCAAUCCCUUUGGACCUCACAUGAAUUUGGACAUAUGGAACUCCUCUUCAAACCGUAGCUCCAACUCCCAGCUCUCCAACGAUUCCGGCUACUGUGGUGAUAUGUGAGGGAACAGAGCAGAAUUGGUGCUUUCAAAAAAUUAAGCAAACAAAAGAAUGUGCUUUUAUCUCUGUUGGGGAAAUGUGAAUAUUCUUUCUUUUAUGUUUGUUGUUGUGAUAAGGUUCCGCAUUUUGUUGUAUAUUUUUCUAGAUGUUUUGCAGGUUUGACCGUUGAAAAUAAAAAAAAGUUUUGUACUUGA